CAAGCACACGCAGUAUCCGUACCCAACCCUCACGAACCCGCACACCCUCCCCAGCAUGGACGUCAACCAGCGCAACGCCGCCGCUCUGCAAGAGCGCACCAACAAGCUCAUGGCGGCGCUGGUGAAGCGCUUCGAGAACACGCUCGCGCUGGCUGCUCCCGACAAGACCGACUUCAACAGCACGGCGCACAAGAACUUCCAGAUGCAAGUCGAGACGGCAGCACUGAUCCGCGCCGCAGAGGACAUCCUGACCCUGACGCGCCAGAUGCAGGAGCUGUGGCUGUUUGGCCAGCUCAAGACGCUCGAGACGGAAAAUCGCCGCGAUAGCAGGGAGCCGGUGAAUGCGAGGGCGUUGGUCGCGGAGGUCGAGGAGAGGGUUAUGCGGCUUUUGUGAGCGUGCGCGCGCGCGUGUGGAGGUGUUUGCGGGGUUGAGAGGGUUGGGGGUUUGGCGUUGGGGAUUGUUUAUACCCGGGUGCUGCUUUGGUUUGUGGGAGGCUAGGUACCUGUUUGAAUGGACCUGUGUUUUGCGAAUGAGUAGGGAACGAAUGGCUUUGGGAAAGAGCACGCAUGCGGUUCGAGCAUUGUUCGAGCAUUGCAGGACCACCUAGGCAGGGCAGCGGCAGCGGGAGUGCUGUCCAGACCGAACGAACGAACGAACGAGUAGCUGUGCCAGUGCAAGCUACGAAAGAGACGAG